AUGUUGCCUCUUUCGCUGACAAGGAAGAAGAACAUACUUGGCUUCACGGUUAACUUCUUGAGCCGAUGCAAGAUCUUACCCAGAAGAAGCCACACGAUUUCUCUCUCCCGAAACAACUCCGUAUGCGUCGUCACUCAUGAGGAGUUAUCACAGGGAAACUAUAACGAUGAGUUUACAAAUCUUGCAGCUUCGGACUUUAUCGAAAUCUUGCAGCUUUGUGCUGGAAACGGAGAUGUUAUGGAAGCGAAAGCUUGCCACGGGAAGAUUAUACGUAUUGAGUUGCAGGGAGAUGUUACUCUGUCGAAUGUUCUUGUUAAUUGUUAUUCCAAGUGUGGUUUUGUUGAGCUUGCUCGCCAAGUGUUUGAUGGAAUGCUUGAGAGAAGCUUGGUUUCUUGGAACACCAUGAUUGGUUUGUAUACCCGGAACAGAAUGGAGUCAGAAGCAUUAAAAAUUUUUUUGGAGAUGCGAAACGAAGGGGUUAAGUUUAGCGAAUUCACCAUCUCGAGUGUUCUUUCUGCUUGUGGGGCUAAUUGCGAUGCAUUGGAAUGUAAGAAUUUGCAUUGUUUGUCAUUGAAGACAUGUCUUGACUUGAAUUUGUAUGUUGGUACUGCUUUGCUUGAUCUUUAUGCAAAAUGCGGGUUGAUCAAGGACGCUGUGCAGGUUUUCGAGUCUAUGCAGGACAAAAGUUCAGUCACAUGGAGUUCUAUGGUAUCAGGUUAUGUUCAGAACAAGAAUUACGAAGAGGCUCUGCUUCUUUACCGUCGAGCUCAGAGAAUGGGCUUAGAGCAGAAUCAGUUUACAUUAUCUUCAGUAAUUUGCGCUUGCUCAAAUCUCGCAGCUUUAAUAGAAGGGAAACAGAUGCAUGCUGUUAUACGCAAAUCCGGUUUUGGUUCGAAUGUCUUUGUGGCAUCCUCUGCAGUUGAUAUGUAUGCUAAAUGCGGAAGAUUGAGAGAGUCUUAUAUUAUCUUCUCAGAAGUGCAAGAGAAGAAUAUUGAGCUUUGGAACACGAUCAUAUCGGGGUUUGCAAAGCAUGCUCGUCCUAAGGAAGUGUUGAUUUUGUUUGAGAAAAUGCAGCAAGAUGGAAUGCAUCCAAAUGAGGUUACUUUUAGCUCCUUGUUGUCAGUUUGUGGUCACACGGGUUUAGUCGAGGAAGGAAGAAGAUUUUUCAAACUCAUGAGUACCAAUUACGGUCUAUCGCCUAACGUGGUUCAUUACUCAUGUAUGGUUGAUAUUCUUGGUCGGACUGGGCUAUUGUCUGAAGCAUAUGAGUUGAUAAAGUCUAUUCCUUUCAACCCCACUGCUUCCAUUUGGGGUUCUCUUCUUGCUUCUUGUCGAGUCUACAAAAAUCUCGAACUGGCAGAGGUUGCGGCCAAGAAACUAUUCGAACUAGAACCAGAAAAUGCCGGUAAUCACAUCUUACUAUCCAACAUCUACGCGGCAAACAAACAGUGGGAAGAAAUCGCCAAAUCAAGGAAGCUUCUCAGGGACUGCGACGUGAAAAAAGUGAGAGGAAAAAGUUGGAUUGAAAUCAAGGACAAGGUCCACAUUUUCAGUGUUGGAGAGAGCGGUCAUCCGAGAAUCCGUGAUAUCUGUUCGAUGUUAGACAAUCUGGCAAUCGAAUUGAGGAAGUAUGGUUAUAAACCAAACGUAGAACACGAGCUGCACGACGUGGAGGAAUGGAAGAAAGAGGAGCUUUUGAUGCAGCAUAGUGAGAAGCUGGCUUUGGUUUUUGGUUUAAUGUGUUUACCAGAAGGUUCUACUGUGAGGAUCAUGAAGAACUUGAGGAUAUGUGUGGAUUGUCACGAGUUCAUGAAAGCUGCAUCAAUGGCUACAAAAAGAUUUAUCAUUGUUAGAGAUGUUAAUAGGUUUCACCAUUUUAGUGAUGGUCAUUGUUCUUGUAAGGAAUUUUGGUGA